UACAAGUGGAGACAAAUCAUGCCGUCUACCAUGGUGUGAAGAGCGAAUCUGGGGUUGGGACGGUUUUCUACGGCAUCCCGUAUGCGCAUCCGCCGGUCGGCGAAAGGAGAUUUAGGGCGCCUGUUCCUAUUGAUGGGGAAGAGGAGCUACAGAAGAAUGGAGGCAAGAAGAAAACGGUCAAAGCACUCAAGAAACCCGACUUUUGCAUACAGGGACCGGCAUAUUCGAGUGGGGCGGGCUCGGAAGACUGCUUGCACCUGAACAUCUACACUCCUACCUCUGCCCUGGCCUCUGCUUCAACUGACGGGUACCCUUCCAAAUUACCUGUACUCGUAUAUAUCCAUGGGGGUGGAUUCAUUUAUGGCAACCCGCUGAGCUGGCCAUUCGAACAUUGGGUCGAGCAGUUUCCGGAUGUAGUGAUCGUGUCCAUCUACUAUCGUCUCGCGGUAUUCGGAUUCCUCUCCACUCCUGAUGGACACGGACUCGAUUUCAAUGCUGGUUUCUUGGACCAAGUCGAAGCCCUAAAGUGGGUCAAGAAGAACAUUGAGUCGUUUGGAGGAGACCCGAACCAGAUUACGAUCGACGGGCAGAGCGCAGGUGGUGCGUCGGUCCUACUUCACCUCCUCGCCUAUGAAGGCAAGCAGCAAUUGUUCCACCAAGCAAUUGCGCACAGCAUAUAUCGACCUGGGUUCAGGCGACCCGCCGAAACCAAAGAACUCUUUGACUUUGUGGCCGCUGAAGCCGGAUGUGGGGGAUCUGACAGUGAUUCUGUAGACCGUGUCGAGUGUUUGAGAAGUAAAGAUGUGGCGACCAUUAUGCGUGCGGCUGAAGCGACUCAAUACACUGACAAGACAUGGCGCUUCUUGCCUGUAGUGGAUGGACACAUUUUCAAGGACACUCCAACGCAACUGACAGUCCGCGACAAGAUCAGUCAUGUGCCGGUGUUGGUGGGUGCGACUACCGACGAAAGCUUCACGUCCACCGAGGAUUUGGGUGAGUGGUUGGGUAACAUCAUGUUAAGGACCGUACUGAUGGUGCUUAUAGGAGAGGAAUUACGGCAUUGGUAUCCAAACUUGCGGGAUGAGGAUGUGGAAAAGAUCGCUAAGGUGUAUAAGGGAGGCCCGUUCCGAAACGAACUGGAGCGGAGAGAGACCUUGCUAUCGGUUGAGACCAAGGCUGGCCAGCCUUCCUACUCCUAUCGAUUUGACGAGCCGAACCCAACCACCCGACGAGAAGGCGAUGAAGGCAAAGUACACCAUUCAGCUGAGAACUGGUGGAUGCAUCAAGGCAGCAAUACAGGUUUCGCAUUGACACCGUUUACCACCGCCUCUCAAAAGUCGUUUGCCAAAGAGCUUAUCGCCUAUUGGCUCUCGUUCGUCCGUUCCGGCGACCCGAAUACGUACGCGCUCCCAGAUUCGCCCAAAUGGCCAAUGUGGGACAAUGCCAAGUACCUCGGUCGACGCAUGGUCCUCAAACAAGGUGAAACUGUUGAGCUCGCUGAGGGAGUUGAAAGAUAUGUGAGCGGAAGCAAGGUUGAGAUUGUAAAUGCGGCCGAAGUGACGAGAUGCAAGGAACUCAGCAAGCUGGCGAGCCGAUUACACUUUUAG